CAUCAUACCGUACGGUUCGUACGCAUACAAGAACAAUCUGGUACGGUAUGGUGUCUCCGCAAGAUUGUGUACAAGGUGCGUACGGUAACAGUUGCUGUCGCGCACAACUGUGGCUGGCGAAUUUAGAUCUCUGCGCUUCCCGUUUUUCUCAUCCGCCGUCGCACAAAGACAAGCACGACGACCGCCAUCGCAACAAAAAAGAACGAUCGAAGGAACGGAAGACGUGAACCAUGGUCAAGAUAUCCUCAGCCGCAUUGCUGCUGUGUUUGCAGAUGCAACCGGGAACCGUUUCGGGGUUUCUUCCGGCGAGCAAGAACCUGAACGCGAAUGGCAACGGCGCCGUGACGUCCACGACGCUCGCCUUUGACUGGUUUGGGCUUCGCAAGAACGGCAACAGCGAGAGCGUCGCGAGCAUCUUCGACUCGUCGACCAAUAUGAUUGUGAACACGCAACAAAAGGACUACGUGACUGAUGGGGACUGGCUGAGCAAGAACCUGCGCAACAAAAACAACAAGAACAACGACGCCGAGUCCGCCGACGUUGUCGUCAUCGGUGGCGGAAUCUCGGGCCUCGCCGCCGCCAUUACCGCCGCCGAGGCCGCCAAGAGUGCGAACGACCCAAAGAAGAUCGUCCUGGUGGAAGCCAACAACAAGUGCGGGGGCCGGGUCAGCUCGGUAGAAACAGACGACGGCUUUGUUCUCGACGAGGGAUUCGCCGUCUUUAUCGAGGAAUAUCCGGUAGUCAAGAAGCUUCUCGACUACGACGCCCUCGAGCUCAAGCGGUUCCUGCCGGGAGCCCUCGUGAAGCUCAAGGGUAACGACGAACUCGCAAGGGUGGCGGAUCCCCUGCGCAACCCGGAAGACAUUUUCGCUUCCGUCCUUUCCCCCAUUGGAUCCCUUAUCGACAAGAUCAAGGUGCUGCCGCUGGUCCUGAGCGUCCGUCUGGGAUCUGUGGAAUCGAUUUUCGCAGAGGCCGAGACCGACACCAAGACCGCGCUGGUCGAGCGCUGGGGCUUUUCCGAUGCCUUUAUCGAUUCCUUCCUGAAACCCUUUCUCGAGGGGAUCUACCUGGCCCCGCUCGAGGAGCAAUCCUCCCGAAUGUUUUCGUUCGUCUUUAAGAUGUUUUCCGAUGGAUCGGCGACCCUGCCUAAGGGAGGAAUGGUGGCCGUGACGAACCAGCUCGUGGAAAAGGCCGAAUCGCUGGGCGUGACCAUCCUCACCGGGACACCGGUCGCAAGCGUGGCUCCCAAGGACGACGAUGCCGGAUACGUGAUCGAGUGCGUCGACGGAAGCAACCGGUCCUUCGACACACCGUCCGUGGUGGUGGCGACCGACGGCAAGAUUGCCAAGAAGAUCAUCGGCAACAUCGAGGGGUUCGAAUCGCUCAGGGACGAACCCGACCAGGUCCAGCGCUCGGUGGGGUGUGCCUACUACGGGUUCGAGGGACCCGCGCCGGUCGAGGAUCCCAUUCUGGUGCUGAACGGGAUGAAGGGCGAAAACGACGAUCCCGUCAACAACGUUUGCUUUCCGUCCGUKGUCAACGACGGCUACGCGCCGGAGGGAUACAACCUGUGCAGUGUAACGGUUCUUAGCGAUGCCAUGGACAAAUACAUGGGCAAGCCCGACGAACUCGACCAGGCCAUCCGAAAGCAACUGGCGACGUGGUUUGUGGAUCAAGAGAGCGACAUUUUGGAAAACUGGGACCUGAAACAGAUUUUUUACGUGAGUCAACGAGGAGGCGACGAGGAUUGAUUUUGAAUGUGUUCCGAUUUUUUUGAAAAGUAUGCGUUGCCUUCCUCACGUCUUCUUCUUCUUUGUUUGUGUCUUCAGAUUCCCAAGGCGCAACCGAGCCAGCUCAAUGGGCCACAGCCCGCUUCGUUCAAUGGCGGUCGGUCGAGUACCACCUUCUUCGGCAAGGAACUCCCAAGUGGUUUGUAUGUAUGCGGAGACCACAUGGCUACCGCAACGCUCAAUGGCGCGGCGGAAUCGGGGGUAAAGGCCGGAGACGAUGUCUCCAAGGCAAUGUUUUCGACGGGUGCUCCGUCGCCGUCAGCAAGCGAAAGCGAUCCCGAACCCGCAGCCGUAGCGCAAUAAAUAGUAACGCCCCUUUGUUUUUUUCAAGUCUGCGUAAAUCCUGCUUGUACCUCGCGGUCGUGGCGCAUAUUGAGUGCCCGGCAGUUGUAGCAUACG